GAGCACUUAACAGCACGCUGCGUAAUAGUUGGCAACGCAAUACAACACGUGCGGACGAUAAACAGCUGGCUUUGUAAAUUGUGGAAGCGAAACAAAGCCAAAUUCGUUAACUAAAUCUUAACAAUGUCUGCUAGUAAGCAAAAGAAACUGAAUAAAAUGGAGGUGGAGUCCAACGAGGACGACUCCAGUUCCAGCGAGGAUGAUGACGACGACGAACCGCAUCCAGAUGCCUAUAAAGGAAACGAGGAGGUGCAAAUCGAAUUUGAGGGACGAGCUCCGGUAGAUCCCGAUGCACAGGGAAUCUCUCAACUGCUGCAGCGACUAUUCCUUCGUGCCCACAUCAACUUAAACCAAAUGGCGGAUCUGAUCAUAGCCCAAAAUUUCAUAGGGAGUGUGAUCUGCCAGUGCGACGAUGAGGGUACAGAGAGCGAAACGGAGGACGACAACAUGGUCGAGGAUGGCACUAUAUUUGGAAUCACCUCUGUGCUGAACCUGACCGCCAAAAAGGAUCAGCCCAGCAUCGCCCAGUUAAGGACCUACAUACUGGAUCGCGCCAAGACGCACGCUUCUCAGGAGGUUCAGCAGCAGCUGAAGGAGAUUCUAGACAGCGAGCAGCGCCAUGUGGGAUUCUUGAUCAACGAGCGCUUUAUCAACAUCCCAGCCCAGAUCUCCGUGCCACUGCUGCAGAGUCUGCAGCAAGAAAUCGAAGCCGCCAAGGCCAAGAAAAUGAAGUUCGACUUUGGCACUCUGCUGCUGCUGGUUAAGUUCUACAGGAAAGAGUCGAAGAAGGGGAAACCAGGCGAGGACAUCUACACCAACGCUGAGGAUGAGUUGCUUUCGGAUCGGGCUAAGUUCUCCUUCGAGUAUUCCAUGGCCUCUGAGGCCGAUUCGGGCAUGGCUGGCGAUUGGCUGGAAGGCGAUGCCGUGAUGACACCCUACAGGAAACUCCUGGUCCUGGAGGCCAAGAAACUUCCGCAGCUUAUUGACGAUAUACAACGCUUUAUUAAUGGCGAAUAAAUAUUUUUGAAUUUAAAA